UUUUUUUUUUAAAUUAUUUCGCUCAAUGGUGUUUGUUUCUUGCUACCAGUAGACUUUGUAGUGCUGACAUAUCCCUUUUAUGCUUGCUCAGAUUUUACUUUUAGACAUAUUAGUGACAUUCUAGGGAGAAAACAUUGCAGAGUUCUUUACUGAUGAAGAAACGAGAAUUAGUCAUAUGUCUUUUGCAAUGUAGAUAUCUGGACAAUCUAGUUAAUUAAAUGUAUGUUUGACCGUUAAUGAUGAAUAUUUACUGCUAAUGCUUCGAUGGAAGUAGAUAGGACUUCUGUGAGAUGCUUUUGUGCCCUCUCCCAUCUUAUGAGGGCUGAUUAUGGUUUGUUCUGAACUACAGAAUGCCGCAUGUUUUCUGUCUGAUGCCUUAGACGUGUUUUUGGUUCGAGCUUCUUACUAUGAAAGUGACAAAUUCGUAGAAUUUUACAGUAAGCAGGCUGUUUGUUGUCAUGCGUAAAUUAACGACUCACUUUGGUUAAUUGACUUCAGGAUCGUAGUUGCAGGAUUUAUAUGAUAACAUACAUUGACAUAUCUUUUACUUUCCUUUUAGAGGUCACUGACUUUCGAACUUUUCGAUGGUUGAAAUCACGAUUCUUCAAAUUAAGUUCGAUAAUAAUAUACAUAACAAAUCUUCUCACAUUUUAAAUUAAUAGGGUUCUAAUACUAUCUUGAGCAUUCGGGCAAUUAGUUUCAUGAUUUGUUAGUAUGCUAGCUAAUCCAUUAAGUGAGAUGUUGAUGAAGUUUCACGACGCUAGUGUUCCAUGAUGUAUAAUCCUGCAUUCUUACUAGUUGUAGAUAAGCUGGAGUGCUUCAGUUGCAUCCUUUUGCCUGAAUUCUUGAUUCUGCAUAAAUGCUUUAUUUGUUGAUCUCAUGUAUGCUGGUUGUGGGCAUCCGUGCGAUUCAUUUCUAGCACUCAAUUCAUUGUGCAUUGUCUAUGUUAUGCUAACUGUGAUUUCAUGCCAUACAGCAUCAUCCUUCGUAUAUUUUGAUGUAUCAAGUUGGCUUGAUCUAACUGAAGUUUUGUUACAAGGACCUAGAAAGAGGAGGAAAUAAGGUUUUGGAACCACUAGAAGAAAAAUAUCUAUUCCUUUUGAAUAAACUAUCCUGAUGGAGCUUUUUCGAGUGGAUUUAUUGCACCAUUGCAACAAUUGAGCCCCCACACAAAGAAUGCUUAUUAUUUUAAAGAAGAUGUUGGUACAAUAACUGGAGCUUUUAAAUCAAGUUCAGAAGGUAGAAAUGAUUUUGUAUCAGCAUUUGAUCUUUCUCAAGUUGGUAUAAAUUCAAGUUUCACUUCUAUGGACAUAGAUAAUAGAACUGAUGGUUCUGGCAUAUUACGGAGACUACCGCCUACUCGUAGAAGGAAAAAAGACUUCUCAAGUAUUUCAAUGUCAACUAGUUUUGCCGAAAACCAAGACUGCUUGAGGGACAGCAGUGUUGCCGAUCCAUCAUCAGAUACUGAAGCCAUGGAAUUUCGCUUCAUGGGUGUCAGAAGUUUCUCAAGUGCUCCAAAAUAUCUUAUGGAUAAAAGUGAUAGUCGUGGGUCUCGACACUUUGGUGUCGAAUUCCCUGUUCAGUAUGAAGAUUUCUUUGUCAUUGAUCUGGGACAAAUUGAUUUGCGAUCGACCUAUCAUGACAGCAAGCAGAUUUGGCCUGUUGGAUUUACGUCAGUUUGGCAUGAUAAGUGUACAGGUUCACUUUUUGAAUGUGAGGUUUCUGAUGGGGGAAAUACUGGUCCUGUCUUUAAGGUGAGAAGGAUACCCUGUUCAGAGUUUCCAAUCCCUAAUGCAUCAAUUGUUCUUUUACAUAACAAUGCUUGUAAAGCCGAUAUCACAGAGAGAACAGGUAGUAGCAGUGCAAUUUUUGAUGCAAGCAAGGAUAAAGAUGAUGAAAUUUCAAUGCUCCUAAUAGAUCCUUGUGAAAUAGAUCAAGAUUUUUUGUCGUGUUUUAGCAGUGACUUCAAUGGUACAGGAAAGGAUAAAUCUUCUAUGCAAAAGGAUAUGCAAAAGCCACCCACGCCAAAAAUGAUUUUUGAAUCAAAAAGUUCGGAGGGUUCUUUGAAGAAAAGACUUUGCAUGAGGGACCAAAUUGGAGAAAUCUAUGUAGAAGGGGAAUCACCGUCUUCAGUGUGGAAGAUUCUGUCUCGUACUUUUGUUGAUGCCUGCCGCCAAGCGUACAACCAAUCAGGCAACUUGCAGUUUUGCUGCAGGCACAAUAAUGGGUUUUUGUCAUUAAAACCCGGCAAUCAAAAUCAACAAAACAUAGAGCUUUUUAGUCCUUUAAUGAGAUUUAGCUCUUCUUUUGCACGUAAUGGCAUUCCUCAAAUUGUCCAGAAUGAAUCUGAUCUGGUAACUACAUGUGAUUCACUUGCAGAAUGGUUAAACCAGGAUAGAUUUGGAUUGGAUGUGGGUUUUGUGCAGGAAAUCAUUGAGAACCUUCCGGGCUCCCGUGCUUGUGCACAAUACCAAUUUUUGAGUGAUAGGAGUGGCUUUUCAACAUCCUUGACUGUUGCUAGUGGGUUGCUCUCAGCCAUGCAGAAGAAUGGAGAGAAAUGUGGCGAAGUUGUCUCAUAUGGUUUAUACAAACCUAGGCUGCAGUAUUCUGCUGAAGGACAGCAUUUAGGCGAUCACCGACCUCCUCCUGGAAAACCUAUCAGCAGUAAACUUCCGGCUGAGUUGGCUGGGGAUGUUUUUCAGAUAUGGGAAUUUCUAUGGCGCUUUCAUGAAAUUUUUGGUCUAAAGGAUCCUCCAUCUUUUGAGGUUCUAGAAGAAGAACUUAUUGAUCCAUGGCCUGUUGGCUCCAGUAAGGAGAAACAAGCAAAAGAAAUUCAGCAUUUUCGAGAUCAAACCUCGGUAUUUACUGAAAAUGGAAGUUGCCUAAACGUAUUGCCAACUAAUGACUCUGAUUCAGCUAGUAGAGAGAAUCGACCAAUGCUAAUUCCUAUUGAAACGGCUUCUGCAAGGGAGGCUUCACAGGUUAAGUUGGCAGAGCGCACCCUUGGCAGGUGCAGUGGCAUAGCUUUGGCAAAGGCUCAUACCUCUUUGUUGAAACUUCUUAUACAUGAGCUAGUGCAGAAGGUUGCAAUUUUUGUGGAUCCAAAUAUUGAAGUCAGAGAAUCAAAACCAAGACGGGGAAGAAAAAAAGACAUUGACAGCUCCCUUUCUACAAAAGACACAAAGAUCGAUAUACUAACUCUAAAUGAACUCACAUGGCCUGAAUUAGCCCGAAGAUAUGUUUUAGCCGUUUCAUCUAAUAGUGGGUGCAUGGAUUCAUUAGAUAUUUCUGUUCGUGAAGGUGUGAAGUUAUACCGCUGCUUGCAAGGUGAUGGGGGUGUGCUUUGUGGUUCACUUUCUGGAGUGGCUGGAAUGGAAGCAGAUUCAUUGCUGCUUGCAGAUGCAGAAAGGCAGAUAUGUGAUCCAACGAAUCAAGAAAAAGAAGUUAUAUUGAUGGAUUUCACUGAUUCUGAUGCAGCAACUUCUCCUGAGCCGGUUGUUCAUUGCAGAACUUUGCCAGAGUGGGCACAACCUCUAGAACCUGUGAGAAAGCUACCAACCAACGUGGGAACAAGAAUUAGAAAGUGCAUCUAUGAUUCUUUGGGAAGAAACCCACCAGAAUGGGCAAAGAAGAUUUUGGAACACUCGAUAAGUAAAGAGGUUUAUAAGGGAAAUGCAUCAGGGCCAACUAAGAAAGCUGUUCUGUCAGUUCUGGCUGAGGCAUGUAGUGAAAACCGGCCAAAAAGGCCCGAAAAGAAGCAAAACAGAAGUCCUGUUUCUGUUUCAGAUGUAAUUAUGAAAAAGUGUCGAGUCGCACUACGUCGCGCUAUUUCUGCUGAUGAAUCCAAAGUUUUCUGCAAUCUGCUUGGGACUACUCUAUUGAAUUCUUGUAAUGAGAAUGAAGAUGAGGGCAUUCUUGGAUUUCCUGCCAUGGUUUCUCGGCCUUUGGACUUCCGCACUAUCGAUUUCCGUCUGGCUGCUGGAGUCUAUUAUGGAUUGCAUGAUGUUUUUCUUGAGGAUGUUCGGGAGGUUUUCCAUAAUAUAUCCACUGCAUAUGGUGAUCGUCCUGAUUUCAUGGAAAUGCUGGAAACUUUAUCUCAGAAUUUUGACUCAUUGUACGAGAAAGAGGUGCUUUACGUGGUUCAGAAGUUUGCUAAUAGUGCUGCUACUGAGAACUUAGGUGCUGACAUGCAGCAGGAAGUGCAUGAUAUUCUUCUUACAGCAAAUCAGUUACCUAAAGCUCCAUGGGAUGAAGGAGUUUGCAAGGUCUGUGGCAUCGAUAAAGAUGAUGAUAGUGUUUUACUCUGUGAUACUUGUGACUCAGAGUACCAUAUGUAUUGCUUGAAUCCCCCGCUGGCUCGAAUUCCGGAAGGGAACUGGUAUUGUCCAUCAUGUAUUACGGGCCAAAGUAAUAUGCAAAAUGCAGAAAGAAGUGCUCAAGUAGUGAAACGGCAUCAAAGGAGGCAUCUUGGAGAGGGAUCUCGUGUUUUCCAGGAGGCUCUUAAUCAGUUAGCGGUGACAAUGGAAGAACGAGAGUAUUGGGAGUUCAGUACAGAACAGAGAGUAUUUCUGCUGAAGUUUCUAUGUGAUGAAGUGCUGAACACAGCACUUAUCAGAGAACACCUUGAACAGUGCGCUGACAAAUCAGUUGAUCUCCAGCAGAAAUUACGUACUUUACUUCUAGAAUGGAGGAACUUGAAAUUCAAGGAAGAAUUGUUGGUGAUAAAGGCGGCAAAAGAAAGCUUAAACAAAUGCAAUGGGAUUAGUGAUAUUCAAAGAGAAGAGGUGACAACUACUUGUAGUAGCGAUGUGAAAUUGGGAGAGCAUGAGCAGCAUUUCAGUAACAAUAGCAGAAUAAGUUUGGAGAAUCCACUGCAAGGGCCAUCUAUUGCUUCAGAAAAUUGUGUUGAGGAGACCGAACAAAGUAAUUUUAGUGUAAAUCUGAACCAUUUACCAGAAGGAGAUAAAAACAUUGGAUAUAAUAACCAAUCAUUGAUAACUAUAGCACAAGAAAUUAGUGAGGAAACCAGGGGAGAGGUGCAAAAUGUUGCUGAGCAUGUAAACAUACAGUUAAGAGUUUUGGAUGUCGAAGUGCAUAGCUGUGAUAGAGAAUCACUUGAAUCCGAUAAAGACCAGUUGGUCCAAGGUGAUCAAAGUAAGUCAAAUCCCGGGUCGAUCGAGCCUGAAACUGGUAAUCUUGAAAUGGAUUCCUUAAAGAGUGAGAUCUCACAAUUGCAAGACUCAAUUGCCAGUUUAGAGUCUCAGCUCAUGACGAUAUCAUUGAGAAGGGAGUAUUUGGGUAGGGAUUCAUUGGGUCGGUUGUAUUGGGUUAUCGGGGGACCUGGUAAACGGCCUUGGUUAGUAGCUGAUGGCAGUAUGCCAGUGCCACAGGCAAAUGACCACAACUCAAACAGUUCAGUUCUCAGGGGAAAUACUGGCCAGAGUGGACCCAAUGCAUAUUCUCAAUCUAUUUGUUUAGAUAAGCAGAGCUCAUCUUCAUUUGUAGUAUAUGAUUCUGAGACUGAAGUCCAGUUUCUUGUUAAUUGGUUAAACGACAAUGAUCCUAGAGAGAGGGAAUUGAAGGAUUGCAUCAUGCAGUGGCAACGGCUUCUGUUUCUUCAAGAGACUCAAUCUUCUAAUGACGUUCAAUCGGCGUUAAAGUCUUUCCUCAAUGAAAAGAUUGAAACUCAACAUUUGAUGGCGAAGGCUUCAGCAGUUCUUGAGAAUAGGUAUGGUCCUUUCUUGGAGCUAGAAGCUAGUGAAGCCUCAAAAAAACGAUCAAAGAAGGCAAAAGUGAAUCAUGAGCCAAGAAUGUAUAGGUGUGAGUGUUUAGAACCUGUCUGGCCUUCUCGGCACCACUGUUCAUCAUGCCACCGAACUUUCUACACGGCCGGAGAACUUGAAGGGCAUAAUUGUGGAAAAUGCACCCAAAGUAAUCCUACUUCUGAUGAAGGCAAAGAAAGUGAUGAUCUUUCAAAAGGCAAGGGUGUGAAGUCUGAGGGUAUUAGAGAAAAGGACCACUUUGAUGAGGUUGGUACUGAUGAAAUGUCUAGGACUAAAAGGUUGAAUAACAGCACUAAGCUGUUUAAUUUUGCAAGAAAAACUUGCCCCUAUGACUUUGAAGAAAUAAGCAAGAAGUUCAUUGUAAGAAGUUCGAAUAAGGAGUUGGUGCAGGAAAUAGGACUUAUUGGUUCAAAUGGGGUCCCAUCUUUCGGACCUGGAGCUCCCUUCUUUCUUGACCUGCCCUUGGUGUUUAAUCAGGAAAUGGCUGAUACUUCUCUGAAUGCUUCUUUUGCCUCUUCUGAUGAGUGCUCUAUAGUCCAGAAUGGUUUUGGAAAUAUCACUCAUGAACAGGUACCAAAAUCCAAGAAGUCCAGUCUUGAUAGCAGUAGUAGAGAGGGACCAUCCUGUGCUGCUGAUGGGAUAAAAGAAUUAGCUGGUGGUCACAGCUGCACAGUUCCACCAGAGUCUUCGUUGAGGCCUAUUGCUGGGAGAACUUCUCAGAUCCUUAAGCAGCUAAAGAUUAACUUACUUGAUAUGGAUGCAGCUUUGGCUGACGAAGCACUUAAACCAUCAAAGUGUCAGGUUACGAAAAGAUGUAGAUGGCGUGCUUUUGUGAAAGCUGCAGAGUCGAUAUUUGAGAUGGUACAAGCAACAAUCCUGUUGGAGUGCAUGAUCAAGACGGAGUAUCUGAAGAACGGAUGGUGGUACUGGUCCUCCCUCACAGCCGCAGCUAAAACUCCAACAGUAACUUCUCUUGCUCUCAGAAUAUACACACUUGAUAAUUCGAUAAUCUACACCAAGGAAUCUCUUCCCAGUUCGGAUACAACAGAAAAUCCCAAGCCAACAAACAAGGCUGGGAAGAAGCGAAAAGAUGCAGAAGUGCGAUAAUAGUCAUAUUUUCGAGUAUACUGCUGAGGUUAUAUCAUCAAUUUUAAGAAUAUUUAUGUGGAGAUUGAUGUCACAUAGUACUAAAAAUUAUACACCAACUGACGGGGCCAUGUGGAGUGGCAGCUGCUCAACUUGAAAAUUUUCAAUUGGCUCCAAUCAUGCUGGGGUGUUCUCAGUUAUGACCGAGAGAAAAAGAUAGGGAGUUCUGCAUUUAUGUAAAUACUUCUAAAGAGUACAACUGACAGCAAAGAUCGGAACUGAAAGAGCUGUUUUGAGUGGUGUGCUCUGGCUUCCGAUGUAUUGAUAUAAAUUUGCGAGGAAGCAAGUGGGUUACAGAAUCAGGAUUACUGCUGCAGUAGCGGAAAUUCAUAUAACAAAAAAAUAUCCAACUAAUGUAAAAGUAACUAUAGCUGGACUGAUGUUAAUCCAGAAAAUGUGAAAUUUGAUUACC